AUGCCCCUGCACCCAUUGCUGGUGAAUGGAUCUAGGCGACGACUGACGGCUGUGAACCAAUCUUGCAGCAGUAAUAAUAAUAAGAUGCAGCAGCCUGCAGCUGGAGAGUUGGUCGUCACCAAAGCAAGAAAGAGUUAUUCUUUUCAGUCAACAGUGCAUCCGAUAAAGCCGAGCUUCUUUUCUUCUUGUCCAAAAACAUCUUCUCCUCAAGGGUCACAGCCAGAUGAUAUGGGUGCUGAUCUCGAUUCUAUUGUAUCUUCAUCUACAGCCACAACAUCAUCCACGUCUACUUCAUCUCCAUCACAACUCGUCCUUAGUAGAACAACAUCAUCCCUCGUAUCCACCGUUUGCUCAGGUACCAGCUCAUGUACCUGCUAUCAGUGCUCACGUCGCCAUCAUCAUCAUCACCAUCAAAAGAAACCAUCCACCACCACCACCACCAAGGAUUGUUCUUGGCACUCAGAGAUUGAUGCCGGAUUAAAGCAAUACAACAUCGAGGAAGAAAAUAUCACCACCACCACCACCACAACAACAACAACCAAACAUCAACGUAGCAUGUUGCAAAGGAAACGACCGACGAUUCAUUCUUACAACAAGCAUUUACCUCGUCCACCCUAUGCACCCAAUGAUAGCAUUUAUCGCGCCCACAUGAAGCCUGCAGCAGUAGUAACAAGUCAGCAACCACCACCACCACCACCACCACCACCACCACCUUGUAGUGACAAAAAUGGUAGUCCUUCUUCUUGCAAUGAUCAUACUCGAUGGUUUGAUGAUACAUCCAAUGUCGACCUUGUGUUAUCCUUUAUGGUAUUCGACACCAUUGUGGCUGACCAACCUGAUGACAGCAUCUUUGGUCUUACAGAUUUGAUUGAAGAAAGGACAAAGCAACUGCAUGAUAGUCUUUUUGACACUGCGGAGGAUGAAGCGAAGGAUGAGGAGGAGGAUGAGGAGGAGGAAAAGAAUCGCCACGAUGACAAUGGCGGCAUUCAGGGGUCAACAGCUGCUGCAACAGCAACAUCAUCAUCGUCGUCGGCCUCUCAACCAUCUUCAUCAUCAUCACCAGCAGCACCAAUUUGCAAAAAGAAACAUCCUCCAUCAUGUCAUACCUUGAGCUCAAGAGAAGGGCCCACUCAUCAUCCGCUUACAUUGUUCCAUACCAUGAAACUUGUCAAUGCUAAAGAGCGAUUGGAAACAUUUGUCAUUGCAUAUGAUCAUUGUAUUCGGGCCAAUAGCGGGCUUACCAAUUGGAUCAAGAAAAGGCGAGGUCCACCCGAAAUCCUUUGCAGUUUUACACCACGACACGUUGCAUGGCGACGACCCCAGUAUAAACGAUUUGGAUUUCUCCCUUCAAGGCUAUCGACUCGAGAAGAUGGCACCGAGGAAAUGAUGGCAAAAAUCAGCUCACAUACGCCAACAAUGCACAAUCCAUACAAUCGUCGCUCAUAUGAUACGGCUAUUACUACUAAUAAGGGUGCACCUACGGAUCUAUUGUCAGCAGCAUACGCGUUGUUACCAAACACAUCACCCGAUAUUCGUCACACAUCAUUGAGCCGUGAUACAGGCAAGAGGCCUUACGAUCAUGUUGAUAUGCCAGGUCGACCUUUACCACGCAAGGGCCAUAGUAGAUCAGCAACCCUCGACUCUUCAAGUCAUAGCGUUUCUACAACUUCAAGUGACAAAGAGAAUCAUGGCAUGCAUCGAUCAUCUAGCAAAAGAACGUUGAAUUCAUUUGGAAAAAGCACCCUGUGGAAAUACGCUCGUAAUGACACAUGCAAUAUCCAACAACAACAUCCUGAGAUGGUCACACAGGAUUGA